AUGACCUCAGGAAUGCGCAUAGGGCGCGGCCCCGAAUCAAAGAGUAUCGACCAAGAGAAAUUAGCCUCUCUACAACGUGCUGGCCAGAAGGCAUUCAAAGCCGGUGAUUUCCAACACGCGCUCGAGUCCUUUACCCAGGCCUUGGCUGAGAAUAAAGAUGAUAUUGGACUGCUUGAUCACCGCUGUGCCACUUACGGCAAGUUGCAGCAGUACAGUUUGGCUCGCAACGAUGCUAGAGCUAUGGUGAAACUGGCACCGACUGACGAACGUGGGUAUCUGCGUUUGGGACAGGUCCUACGUCUGGAUGGGAGCCCCGAGAAGGCCCUUGCUAUUUAUGAAUAUGCCCUGCAGAAGCUCCCAGAGGACAAUCGAAGCCGCGAUACUCUGAGCCAAUUGCUGAAGAAAGUGCAAGACCAACUUGCGGGAGGUAACCGACGCGAUCCAUUCACGGUGCUGCCAUUAGAGCUUGCAGAAUGGACCCUCAAGAGCUUCUCCUUCCAGGAGGUCGUGGGAAUUCUACGUGUCUGCAAAGGAUGGAACCGUUUUUUGAGAGGAAUUCCAAGUCUUUGGAUGGAUGUAAAUCUAACUGGAGCGCGAACACGCGUUCCCUGGACAUCCGUUAGAAACUAUAUCCACCAAUCCAAGGUGGCACUGACCCGUGCGAACAUUCAUAAUAUCGUGCCCGCAGCUACGCUCAAAGUACUCGACAUGCUGAGCAGAUGCCCCCAUCUGGAACAUCUAGAAGUCUGGGUUCCUCAUGAUAACCCACCGCAAUUUUAUGCCAAAAUCUUGAAUUUCAAACGCCUGAAAACUCUUGUCUGCUCAGACGUCGAGAUUUCGCAUGCAUGUGUCGGGAAGAUCUUGUCGGGUCUUCCUUUGCUCGAGAAGGUGGCGUUUUAUAAUAUUUGGCAGACCAGACAGCAUAGUGCCCCAGCCUGGCCAAAGCAUCUCCCGAACUUGAAAAGCCUCACUAUUGGCUCUUCACACCGUGAUCCAACCAGACCGUUUAUCCCAUUCUCCUCGCUUGUGAUUCCUAGACUAGGUUCGAUUGGACAGCCCGCUUAUCCCAAUUUAGAGGAGCUUCGACUUGUCUGGCACCCAGCGCGUUCCAAAUCAUUCAAAUUUAUCACCCUGGAACAAGGGGAAACUCUUCCGCCGCUUCGUACGCUGGAACUUCACGGCGCUCAAGUUCAACCCGACUUUUACGCCACGCUUCCCAAAUCGCUCGAAAGCCUGCGGUGCUAUGCGGGUUCAGUCGACAAUUUCCCUCCAGGCAUAAAUAUAAUGAACGACGCUGAGAACGAGCUUCCCAACUUGACGACUCUGAUAUUCGACGAUACGCCAUGGGUCACCCUAGGUAAUUUAACGUUAUUCCUAUGGGCCUCCAAAGCACCCAUUACAACCCUUCACGUCAACUACUGUCACAACAUCAGUGCCGACGAUCUCAUCAAAAAUUUUAUCGACGAUCCCAUGCAAAUAAAUCCAGCAUUGAGCAAGAUGACCAAUCUUGGUAUCGCCGGCAUAGCGGGUAUCGACGACACCAAUGUCAAGCAUAUCUGCACAGCACUUCCAGGUCUGAAAAUUCUUGAACUGUCCGAGACAAAGAUCACUGGCUGUACGAUUCGCAUGUUGGCAGAUUCCAAGAAUGAUGAUUCUGCUAUGGCGAAGCUCGACGGUGUGAUUAUCAAACGCUGUGAUGGCGUAGAUUCCGAUGCGAUUGACUAUGGACGUAGCAUGGGUCUCUUGAUACUCACUUAA